AUGCACAUUUUGCUUUUGUGUGCAGCAGAAAUCCCUUUUAAACAAACAGAUUCUCACCUAUCAGGUUUCAAAUAUUUUACAUCACUUUGCUUCUUCCCUCAGGUUGUGGUGUCGACAAACAUCGCUGAGACUUCUCUAACAAUUGAUGGCGUGGUGUUUGUCAUUGACCCUGGAUUUGCCAAACAAAAGGUGUACAAUCCUCGAAUCAGAGUGGAGUCUCUGCUCGUCACAGCCAUCAGUAAAGCUUCUGCCCAGCAGAGGGCAGGACGAGCUGGAAGAACACGUCCAGGGAAAUGCUUCCGUCUCUACACAGAGAAGGCCUACAAAACAGAGAUGCAGGAUAACACAUACCCUGAGAUUCUUCGCUCAAACUUGGGAUCUGUAGUGCUUCAGCUUAAAAAGCUGGGUAUUGAUGACCUCGUCCACUUUGACUUCAUGGAUCCACCUGCUCCUGAGACGUUGAUGAGGGCCCUUGAGCUGCUGAACUACCUGGCAGCUCUCAAUGAUGAUGGUGACCUGACAGAGCUAGGAUCCAUGAUGGCAGAAUUUCCUCUGGACCCCCAACUGGCAAAGAUGGUCAUUGCAAGCUGCGAGUUUAACUGCUCCAACGAGAUCCUUUCCAUUACUGCCAUGUUGUCAGUCCCACAGUGUUUUGUCCGUCCUACGGAGGCUAAGAAGGCAGCAGACGAGUCCAAGAUGAGGUUUGCUCACAUUGACGGAGACCACUUGACGCUGCUCAACGUCUAUCACGCCUUCAAACAAAACCAUGAGUCUAACCAGUGGUGCUAUGACAACUUUGUCAACUACCGCUCGCUGAUGUCUGCCGACAAUGUGCGGCAGCAGCUGUCCAGGAUCAUGGACCGCUUCAACCUGCCUCGUCGGAGCACAGAGUUCACAAGCAGAGAUUACUACAUCAACAUCCGACGGGCGCUCUGCACCGGCUUCUUCAUGCAGGUGGCUCAUUUGGAGCGCACAGGCCAUUACCUCACAGUGAAAGACAACCAAGUGGUCCAGCUGCACCCAUCUACAGUCCUGGACCACAAACCAGAGUGGGUGCUCUACAACGAGUUUGUCCUCACCACCAAGAACUACAUCCGCACAUGCACAGACAUCAAGCCAGAGUGGCUGGUGAAGAUUGCACCUCAAUACUACGAAAUGAGUAACUUCCCACAAUGUGAAGCUAAGCGACAGCUGGAGCGAAUCAUUGCCAAACUAGAGAGCAAAGAGUAUUCCCAGUACUGAACAACAGCCAACAAGUGUCCUGGAAAAACAACUGCUUACUUUAGUUUUAGAUUUUUCUCUCAUUGUAUCUUUAAUGUUUCAAAUUUGACUUUUUGAUUAUUUUUUUAAAUAUUUUCUUUGCCCCCCCCAUCAAUGUUAAUUCUGUAACUACGUGUAACGUCAGAUAAAAUGUCAACAACAGUGGUUAGACCCGGUCGUAACUACUCAAACGGAAUAACAAACGUGUUAUUUAGAUGUGGUUGAAUUUUGUUUAGGAAACUGCUGAGUCAUAAACAUUUGUGCUUGCUUUGUUUCUUUAAAACAAUGAGCUUUGACUUCAUUUCUCUGUAUAAAUUAAUUAGUAAAGUCUGUUAUCCGAAAGACA